AGCGUAUACAGUCAGACCAGAGAUCAUGACUGUUAAUCUUUAACUUCUCAGUCGCAGUGAGGAAAGGUUUCAGACAUGUCGACCACAGAAGACAAGCCUGAAGCUUUUCAGGACCGCAGACCUGCAAGUGACAAGACAGGAUUUACAGAAAACUUAACAGAGACUGAGGGUUUUAUCACCAGCUCUUUUCGUCUCCACCCUGAUGAGGAGUAUGAGAUGAACAGAAGAAGACGAGGCCUUGCUCUCAUCUUUAACCAGCAGAGCUUCCACUGGAAACUGUGUUUAAAUGACAGACGUGGAAGUGAUAUUGACUGCUCCAACUUAACCACAAGACUGACAGGUCUUGGCUUUGAAGUGAGGGCCUUCACAGAUUUAAAAAAAGAUGAAGUUAAUGAUAACAUCAAUAAAGCUGCAGAAGCGGAUCAUUCAGAUGCCGACUGCUUUUUACUUGUCUUUAUGAGCCACGGUGAAGGCGAUCAUGUUUAUGCCUACGAUGAUGAAGUCAAAGUUAAGGACAUCACAGACAAGUUCAAAGGAACCAAGUGCAAAAGCCUGGUGGGAAAACCCAAAGUCAUUAUAUGGCAGGCGUGUCGUGGAGAUAAGCAUGAUGACCCAGUGACUCCCUGUGCUGCCACCGACACUGAGACCACUGAGGUGGUGGAGGAAACCAGAGCUGUGUACACUCUCCCUGCUGCAGCUGAUUUCAUCAUGUGUUACUCUGUGGCUGAAGGGUACUAUUCCCACCGACACCCUUUUGAAGGCUCCUGGUACAUCCAGGACCUGUGUGAGCUGCUACAGACGUACGGGGAUUCACUGGAAUUCACUCAGUUACUGACAAUGGUCAACAGGAAGGUGUCAAUGAGGAGCGUUGACAAGUGUAGAGACCUAAAAGCCAUUGGGAAGAAACAAGUACCCUGCUUUGCUUCAAUGCUCACCAAGAAACUCUACUUCCACCCAAAAAAAUAGGAUUUUUUUUCGACACAUAAUGGGAAUCUUGAUUAUAAGGAUAUGUGCUCUGGUUAGGUAAUACUUUCAGUGUCAGUGACUUUACACUUGAUAUAUUUGUGCUACUAGGGCACUGCCCUAAUGUUGGUUUGUUUUACAGCCAAAAAUGUGAAGUUAAAUGAAUUUCAAUUUCAAAUUUUGUGUCCAAUAUGAAAUAAAAUGAGUAAAUAAAUCCUCCA